AUGGCACAGAUUUCAGUUCGACUUCAAGCUGGUUCACGCGCUGCCACAGCUAGUGCCGUGCCUGGCGCAGCUUGUUGUGUGGUUGGUAGUAGUUCAUCAUUGGGGAGUUGGGAUCCAAAAGCAGCGCCCAAGCUUCAGCUUGUCCAGAGAGGCGGGCCUGCAUGGGAAGGUAUCGUGGAAGAUGCUCUUGCUUGUGCUGGCCAAGACUUCAAGUUCUGCAUUUGGAAUGGGCAAACUCAUGAUUACGUAUGGGAAGAAAAUGGUCCAUUGCAUGUCAUGCCGACAGCGGGCUGUCGAUUGCAAGCUGUUUUUGAAGAUGGAUCUGCCGACGUGACGGCUGCAGUCGUUGCUCACAAUCCUUCCACACGUUGGCAGGUUGCAGGUGGUGUUGACACCGGCGGAAUAUUAGUGCGAGAUGGCCGCCCGUUGACGUCAUCGGAGCUGGGCAGAUUGGGCACGGGAGCCCUUGUUGAGGAGCUGGAGCUGGUCAACGACAGACUGCACUACCAGAAGUUGUCCGGAGACGGACCUGCAAAAGGUUGGGUCAGUUUGCAACUGAAAGGCAAGGAGCUGAUGAGAAAGAUUUCCGAUGGCACGAAUCAGAAUCCAGCAGCAGUGCCAUCACAGACCUCCGGGCCGGAGGUAUCCACAGGAAAACUCACACUUCAAGUCAAGGUGGAUCACGCUCGGUCUCCGAAGGCAGCAGAAGCCAGCAGGCUGCAGGGCACCGUGUGCUGCCUGGUUGGUGCUCCUCCUGCACUGGGCGCCUGGGAUCCCAAGCAGUCACCCAAGCUGUCGAAGCACCGUCUGGAUGGUGCGACCACGAUAUGGGAAGGCUCCCUCGAUGGCCUGCAGGUUGAAGCGGGCACUGAGUACAAGUACUGCAUCCUGCACAUGGCCAAGAACCUCUACAUCUGGGAGGAAUCCGGCCCCAUGCAUCUCUGGCCAACAUCGGCAGCAUUGCAUGAUUUUGAGGCUGGCCAGGCAGAGGUGACUUCGCUUGGCACAUGGCCGCCGCCAGCGAAGAUUCCACAGGUGCCUUCUGCGGCUGAGCUGGGCACAGGAAUUGAAGUUUGGAUUCCCUGGAGCCGCUGCAGACGGUCAGAAAAGGUGCCGCACAGUGUCUUGCAUGCCUUUCACUGGCCUUUUGCCUUGACGUUGGAGCGCAUUCGUGACAUAGGCGAGCUGGGAUUCGCUGGUGUGCAAGUUAGCCCAGCUCAGAAAUCCAAGUCGGGCGGUGAGUGGUGGACUCGCUAUCAGCCACAAGACUACCUGAGCAUUGAUGGCUUGGGUUCUUGGGACGAUCUGCGAAAGCUCAGCACGGAAGCCGACCACCAGGGCCUUGUUGUGAUAGCUGAUGUAGUCUUCAACCACAUGCUGGUCGUUGCCAGCUGUGAAGAGUGGAAAAGGGCACAAAGCUCCGAGAAACAAAUUGCUGCUUUAAAGCGUCGCUUAGAUGAUGCUGUUGGCCCUGUCCUGGAUGCUGAAGACUUUCAGUGGCCUUGGUUCGAGAUGAGUGGAGAGCACUGGGACAACGAGAAUCGCUAUGAGGGUUGGGGCAACGGCGAGUGGUCGGAGUUGAAUCAUUCUGAGAAGGUGGUCAAAGUUCAGCAGCAGCACUUGCAGUUGUUGUUGGAUGCAGGUGUGCGCUGCUUCCGUUUCGACGCUGUCAAGCACAUGCGUCCUGCACACCUUGCAGAGCACAUGGACUAUUUAAAGAAAUCUGGAAAGCUGUUAUUUGCAUAUGGUGAAAUCUUGAGUGUAGAUGCUUCAAUGCAUUACGAGUAUAUGCAGUCAUUGGCCAUGCCUUCCACAGACUUCCCCCUGGCCGUCUAUAUGUACCAUGUUCUCAAGGAUGGUGCAAAGGCAGCUCAAGAAGGCGUGGCUGUUUCGUGUGCAAAAGCUGCGCGAUCUGAAGGUCUGCGGAUUAGAAAUGCCGACGGCGACAACAAUCCUUGUCUCUGCAGCGAUUCUGUACGUUUCGCAAGAAACCACGACACGGUUAUGAACCCUGGAUCAUUCUAUGGGCUCACAGGUUCAUGCCAUUCCUCGCGCACAUGCUGGGCCUGGCUUCUUUCUCUUCAUGAUGGCUGCGUCCUUGUCUACCCUGAGGACUUGCAGAGCGAGGUGAGCGGGCCGCUGAUCUGCAGAGCGCUUCGCUUUCGCUCAAAGCUGGCCAAAGUUGCGGCCAGCUCCGAAGUGGGUCUGCUUUGUGCCGAUUCCAUUGGCCCGCCAGGCGGCCCUCCUAGCCUUCUACUGGUGGCACUUCGCGACGCUCACGGAGCUCUUUGCGGGUUGAGCUUGGUCAACCUGCAACAAGUGGCGAUCACGGUGACUUCGUGCUCGCUGUUCCGACAAUUAGGCAAAGCUGCUUUCCAGGACGAACAAGGUAACUCUGUGCAGCUUUGUGAUGGCAGAAUAGAACCCAGCAGAGGUUCUGUUUCUAUCCCACCACAGGAUGCUGCCUUCCUUUUGGCCACGACGUGA